AUGGGAGGAAAAACAAAAAACAAAGACUACAAUAUCCAGUUAAUUGACACCCUCUACAAUCAGGUUCCCGCGUUUACCGAAAUUUUUGAUGAAGAAACUUGGUAUAUUUUUGUUACUUGCUUUGUUGCGGGUACGUUUCUCAUAGUUUUUACUUUAUCAAGAUUCAUCACAAUUAAACCUGUUAAUUAAACAGCACUCAUUUUAAACGGAUAAUAGUAUUGAGCAUUGAUAGAAAUGCAUUCAUCCACAUUUUCAAGAAAUAAUGAUCAAUUACUGGUAUAUAAGUUUUCUAAACUAUCUAGUUUCAUUUUUUUUUAUGUAGCUAAUCAAUAAACUUUAGUGUUGCAAAAUA